UUAGCCUCUUCCUCUAAUGGGCGGCAUGAAGAAUGUGUGUUUUAUGUCAUCCAGUCCCCUCACAUGCUUCCUAUUCUCCUGUUUCAACUCGCGCUAAGAAGUGACAGGCUCCAGCCGUGCCUGCAGUGUGCCUCUCGCGUCCGAAGAAACAAAAAAAAAAAACAAUCCACUUUAUUCUCCCAUGUUCCGUUUUUCCCUCGGUCUCGCAUUGUUCCAAAUUGCACGGCCCCCUAAAUGAAUAGGAUCCGAGGAGAGAACACGCAGGGGACCGUGCGUUUUUUAAUGUUGUGAAAUCUGAUAGCUGCAGGAAAGAAGAAGAAGAAGAAGAAAAGAGACGAAGUGCCUGUAAUGAGAAGCAACCUUUGGAAUUCCUCCUCGUGAAAAUCCGAUUCUGCUGUUUUUUUCCUCCCUCUCUUGUCUUUAGGCUUGAAGACAUGAUCACUAGCACCAGUAUUUAUGGUCUAAAGAUGCAGUGGACCCCAGAGCACACACAAUGGGCAGAGCAACACUUUGACAUCUCAUCCACUACCCGCUCACCAGCACACAAAGUAGAGGCCUACCGGGGGCACUUACAGCGAACGUACCAGUAUGCGUGGGCAAACGAUGACAUCUCUGCACUGACUGCCUCCAAUCUGCUCAAGAAAUAUGCAGAGAAGUACUCUGGGAUCCUAGAGGGCCCAAAUGAAAGAGCCCUGCUGUGCUCCUACUCCGAUAGCACCACCGGACUCAUGAAUGGACGAAAGUCAGAGAAUGAGUCCUGGCAGGAGGGGAUUUACCCAAUGAACUGUGCUCCAGAUGUUAUAUCUGUGAGCAAAGCUGGAAUGACAGCUGCCCUACCCCCUACAGAUGUGUCGGCUAGCAUAGGCAGCUCCCCGGGGGUGGCCAGCAGCUUGUCUGAGCCUAGCUAUUCCAGCAGUAACUGUGGGAGCCACACAGCCACUACUCUCCACUCGGGCCUCCCCUCUCAGGAAUAUACCGCCAGCUACAACGGCUCCUACCUACACUCUAGCUACAGUGGCCAGAAUACCCCUGCCCUCCCCUCCCCACACCCGUCCCCUUUGCACAGCGCUGGGCUCUUACAACCACCGCCCCCACCUCCUCCCCCUACCUUAGUGCCGAGCUACAGCGCCGGGUCUCCAAACCUUCCCAACUACAAUUAUCCUCCAACAGGGUAUCCUUCCCAGACUUCUGUUGGCCCUGGUUAUAGCCCUGGGGGAGCACCCCCUCCUUCUGCUUAUCUGCCAUCCGGUAUUGCAGCUCCAACCCCAAUCCCUCCCUCCACACUGCCGGGCUACACCUACCAGUCCCAUAAUCAUACGCCGAUUGCACCAACACCUUUGAAUGGCAGCACAUCCAACUCAUUAAAACGAAAAGCUUUCUACAUGAGUGGACAUGGAGAUAUGGACUCCAGCUAUGGUAAUUUCAACUACAACCAGCAGCGCUCUUCACACAGCCCAAUGUACAGACUAACGGACAGUGGUGUGUCAGACUCAAACAGGGGCAAUGGCUUUGAGAGAACUGCUGAAGCUUCAUCUUUAGCUUUCAAGUCAACCAAGCAGCCAAUGUCCUCUGAUCAACAAAGGAAAUUUAACAUGCACCCUGGCAGAGCACUAACUCCUCCAUCCUAUGGAUCAACCAAAAGCUCUGUGGGUGACCUCAGAACUGGAGAGCCCUACAGCAAGUUUGGAUCUCCCAUCAUGAGUGAGCAAACUGAAGAGCACAGACAGCACCUCUCUCACUCACUAACAGGGCCAGACAUCGGUACGGCUACCUCGUCCAUUCACGCUGCAGAGGAGCAACUGAAGAACAGUGAUUCCAACCUGGUGGAGAUGGUGACCUCGGAAAUCCUUCAGCACGGCCCUCCGGUGGACUGGAGUGACAUUGCGGGUCUGGAUAUGGUCAAAGCAGCCAUCAAAGAGGAGAUACUAUGGCCCAUUUUAAGGCCAGAUAUGUUCAGUGGACUUGCCACAUUACCUCGAAGCCUCCUUUUAUUUGGACCUCAGGGAACGGGUAGAACGCUGCUGGCCCGCUGCAUGGCUAGCCAACUAGGGGCUGCCUUCCUGCGACUCAGCAGCUCAAGUCUGGUGACUAAGUGGCUGGGCGAAGGGGACAAGAUCAUCCAGGCUUCGUUCCUGGUGGCCCGGUGCCGCCAGCCAGCUGUGGUGUUCAUCAGUGAAGUGGACCUGCUGCUGUCCGCCCAGCUCAGUGAGGAGAGCCCGGUGAAUCGCCUCAAGGCUGAGCUCCUCAUGCAGCUUGACAGUAUUCUGACCUCUGCUGAGGACCAUGUCCUCGUGGUGUGCUCCACCAAUAAGCCAGAGGAAAUCCCAGAGUCCCUUCGGAGGUACUUUACCAAGCGACUGCUUAUCCCCUUGCCUGAUGGGACAGCACGACAUCAGAUAAUCAGCCAACUGCUCUCACAGAACAACUACUGUCUCAGUGACAAAGAGAUGUCACUACUGGUUCAGAGGACAGAGGGCUUUUCAGGACUGGACGUGGCCCAGCUGUGUCAAGAGGCUGUAGUAGGUCCUCUCCAUGGCAUUCCUGGUGCUGACCUGUCAAGCAUCCAUCCCAGUCAGAUGAGACUGGUCUCCUACCAAGACUUUGACAAUGUGUUCUGCAAAUUCCAGCCUAGCAUAUCACAAAAAGAACUUGACAUGUACACUGAGUGGAAUAAAAUGUUUGGUUGUAGUCAGUGAAAGAGACCCAUCAAACACAAUUUCUUUAAACCCAAUAAUUAAAUACAAAGUUAAGUAUUUGGCCUUCAGUGAACAAGAAAGAAAAACAGUGGCGACAUUGACACAGAGUAGAGGGAUUGUCAGCGAAAGACAGACGACAGUCUGGACAUCACACAUUUGUAACAAUUAAUUAAAUGCUUUACAUGGCUUUAGCCAUCUACUCACUAAAACUAAAAAGACUUGACGAAGAUACCCCCAUUUUUGUAUAUACAUAUAUACAUAUAUAUAUUCAAAUAUAUAUAUAUGUAUAUAGUAAACUGCUGAUCUUGAGAUUUAGUUGCUAUCAAGUGCCUGAGGUGGUGCUGUUUUUAAUUUGUUUUUGUUUCUUUGCCACACAAUCUCCAUUGGUGACAUGUGCUAAUAUAAAAGCUUUAAAAUGACACAAAAAACUUAAAACUUGCUUUUUGUUCCCCCAUUUGAAACGCGUUCUGCAGCUGUGUCCGUUUUGUGCUCUCUGUGAACAGUUGUGGUUAUUUUGAGGUGAACUGAAUUUAUUGACAUCAGUUUCCAUUGGGCUUCAUCACCUUACACAGGUCUUCAUGUUCGUGUAAAUCAUUUGCUUACAAUAACAUUUACAUUCAUAUUUGUUUCCUUGCAAAUUUACAGUGAUGCUUCACUAGCCUCUCCACUAUAGAUGAAAUUACAAAAAAAUAAUAUUAUUUUACAAUGUGACUGCAAGUUAAACAAUAAAUUACUAUGUAAUUGCUGUUAAAAUAUUGUUACAGCAGUAAUUCACAGUGUUUCGCAUUAAUGUAAAUUCUACCAUAUUUUUUCUUUCGUGUUCUCGAUUUGAAAACUCAGGAAAGUGAUAUUGAUAUGUAUAGUACCUCAUAGGCUUGUGUCGAAGCACUACAAACUACAAGAGCAUUUGGCUUGCAUUUGAACCUCCACCAACAAACCAUGUAAGGCUAUAUAAUACCUCGAAUAGCUUAAAAUGACAUCAGGAGGUUCAUAUGAUGAAUGUAUGAGAGUAUUUUCUGGUUUAUUUGCAAAACAUGAUCAAGUAAGUAAUUGGAUUUGUUUGAAAUAGAAAGCUGUAUCAUGAUUAGAGAUUUGCCUGUGAAAAGAAUUGAACCAUUGUGUAUCUUGAAUUGUAGCCUCAAGGCCAUUUCUGUUUGAGUUAUAUUUCCUGUCGGGUGAAACCUUCACUUCCAUCACGUACAAUGAUCUUGUUCUUCAGUUCGCUGUUUGCAGAAACGGCCGUUCAGCUUGUGGUGACACGCGGCUCCAGAGACAUUUGAAAAAAAAAAAAGUGCAGACAAACAUCUCUGGGUUGAGGAAGACAACUCGCCCUGAGCUAUUUCAUUCCAUCCUGCUGCUGUUUUAUCAAUAAUGAAACCUAAGGAUUAUGUAUCGCCUAAGUUCCUUUCUACCUCAGUUUGUUAGCUAUCUCUGAAAAACAAAUUCACUCAGACUGCGAAAUGUCAGCACCUAUUCUGCACCGAACAGCAUCGGGCUGUUUGCUAAAUCUAUUAGCUUUACAUUUUGAUUACACCCCAAUAUAUCCCUGUUUCUCACCACAUGAUGCACUUAAAGGGGAAUACCACUGAAUAUCAGGUUUGGUGAACACUAUGCCUUUGCCUUAGGACAAUUUGGUCUGUGUUAGCUAACACCCACCAGUGGAUCAUGUUGCCAUUGCCUUUUCUUGCCCCUGAAUCUGUGAUGUCAAACAGAAAAUCGCAAUGUGAGAGCAUCCAUGAUGAUGCCACGCACAUAUAUUUCCCUGCUUUAAACCAAUUCCAUUAGUUUAAUAUAAUGUACACAGAAGAAUUGCUUUGACCUUCUCAGCCGUAACUGCAAAAUUCAUGAAUUGAGUGGCAUUCCUUUUUAAGAACAUGUCUCAAAGGCUCGUCUCACAAGGUCUGUACACAAACGGCAACUGUUAUUUUUCGGUCUAUUUUCUCUUUAUGCUUAAAGUGUUACAGUGUCAUUAAUCACGUCGCGCUGCCAUUAAUCUGUACAGUUUUCCAUGACAUCUCCGGGACAGCUGAAUUGGCAAGUAAAAGUAUUGAAUGUAUUAUGUCCUCUGAGCAGUAAGGAAAGCAAAGCACUUGCACAAUGAGAAAUGCCACUGAAGUAGAGAGCACUGUAUGUGGAUGAUACUGCAGAGGCACCAUUGGACCUUGUGUUGGUUUUCAAACGGGGUCCCUUCAUGUUUGCUGUCUAUUGCACAUAUUUUACCACUUCUUUUUAUCAUUAUUAUUACAUAGUGUGCAUAUUGAUUAACAGCCACCUGGUUUGGUAUUGUUAACACUUGCCGACCUGAAUCAGGAUGUUUCCAGAUAAUCUGAGCACACAGCAGAAACACUACAAAGCAUCAAAGACAGCUAACAGAGUUGCCGACAGUAAUAUCUUGUCGUAGUUUCACACCAGUUGCGUUGUAUAUUUAUAUACUGUAUAAUAACUGCAGUCGUAAAAUAAGUGGCAGCAUUUUCAUUGAACGUGCACAACUUGCAUGGUAAUGCAACCCAACACAAUUAGAUUUUUCUAGAGCCAGGAUCCAUUCAUUUGUCAAAUUAAAAACAUUCACCACAAAAGAAAUUGUGUCUACUGUACAAAAAUAGACAUCAGUGUUAAAUAUGAAUCCCCAUUUCACUUAACUUUUUUUUUUGGGGGGGGGGUUGUUGCAAGACUCAAUGCUAAAAUACACCAAACAUGGGGGGUCAAGUGUUAAUUGAAAUUACAGAUAAUUUUCGAAGCUUCAGACGUAAAACAACAUAAACUGACAUGAAAUUAGACCAAUAUUCAUGUAAAAGGCAUUUUUUACACUUUCACUAUAGAAAAAUGAAGGAAAUGAACAGAAAACUCCCCCUUAAAUAUUGUGUCUUCAAUUAUUGCACUUGAGGUGUUUAUUAUAGUCACAGUUUUUGUCUUAAAGCCAAAGCAAAACAUCUUUCUUUUGAAUUUGAUGAAAAUACUUUUGAUGAAGUUUAUAAAUUUCACUGACACAAAUGUAAACUGUGGACAUUUUGAAUUGGACAUGUUCAAGCUCUCUCAUUGGGCUCAGUUAUUGUAUCACAUCAUAACUUCAAGAGUUAAAUAAGAGUUAACUUCAAUGCUUGAGUUUUGUGAAACAUGUCAGAUUUAAUGAACAGUGAUUAUCUCAUAUAGAAACAUGACUCAUUUGUUUAUCUCUGAAAGGAAAAGCAGCACAGACAUUAGCAGAACAUUUCAUAUGUCACUGUGUUUCCUCAGAAUCUAAAUGUGUCCAUAAUUCCAUGAUUUGAAUAAGUAAUUUUGUUCAUUGCAAGGUUUUUGACAAGAAUUUGAUAAGAAGCCCUAAGUGCCAUUAACAAGCACAGAUUUCUCGAGUUUAAGAGGACGACUGUUCAUGAACUUGUUAAAAAGGGGAAAUGAUCCACUCACAUCAAGAAGUACUUAAAAUCACUCAGACUACAAUGGACAUCUUGCUUUAGUGAACCAGAGCACAGUGCAGCGGACGGCACACGGACAAAAACGUACAUUUUUAUCUAUUUUUAUUUAGUUUUGAUCACAACUCGACAGUAAAAAGACUUGAUAGGAGGAAAACAAUUAUUCAUGGUGUAUAUUUCACAUGCUGUAGAUGUUAUCAUUAUUAAACAGUCAUUCGUUAUUGAGGGUGAUGCGAUCAAAGAGCCUAGAGUCAGUAACAACACUUGAGCAGAACCUUUGAAAAGCACAUGGAGUCUGACAGCGAUGCCGACUCAGUCACUUGAAUCAUUUUUUGUUUUCUUUUAUUUUAAAAUCUGUCAGUAUUUCUGUAUUUACAUUUGUAGAGACCUGCUUAAGAUUUUGAUUCCAUCCUUAUGUAAUUUUAUAGUCUGGCAUUCUUUAUAACCAUUUCUACCUCAUUACUACAUAUUGUACAUGUAGUACUUAUGUCCUGUCAUUUUGAAUGUCAUGCAUUUGUGGAUUAAAACUUAAAAAAAGAAAAAAAGAAUUAAAAAAAAAUCAAUGCUUGCCCUUGAAUCUGAGCAGUCUACCUCAAAAAGACUGUCUUUAUCAAAUACAAGUCACAAAAAAAAAAAAAAAAGGCACCUUGAGGGCAAAAAUGAAGUUAGCCUGCACAUACAGUACUGACGUACAGUUUAUUUACAAUGCCAUGUUUUCAUUGAAGUGUUGUGGACUGUGUAGGUUUUCUACAAGGUCUCCAAUGUAAAUUCAUUUGCUGAGACAUAACAAAUUGCUUUAAUCCUUUGUCAGCUGUUGUAGUGCGCAUGUUAAUGUGUAUGUAUGUGCACUUGCAAUUUUACAUGCAAGUAUGAGGUGGACAACAUUACGAUUUGAACAAUUUGAAUUUUCACUUUUCAUAUACAUGUACAGAGAAUAAACUUGCACAUAGCUGUAUGUAUUGUACAUUUGCUAAUGAUAUACAGCAUACAUACGAAAAUGCACCACAUACAUGUUUAUAUGUGUGUAUGUAUUGCCAUACUUACAGUACAGUCAAUUUAAAUGUAUUUUAAUUUCAAGGUACAUAAAGGUUAUCGAAAAAAUCUGAAUAAAGAUGUUUUCCUUUUUUUUGUCCUGGAAACUGGAUGCAUUUUGUACCUUUACUUGAUUAAAUUUUGGUGUGAUUGAUUUAA